GACAACCUGCUCGAUUUGACGUCAUACAUACAAUGAAUGGUAUCUUCGUAUGCGAUUUUGAACACAGCCGAGGCACAUAUUCCCCGCGCUGUGUAUUCUGGGAACACAUAGCAGUUUCAAGAUGGCGGCGAGCAGGAGGCUGGGCAAGGAACUUGACGAGAUUCGCAGGUCUGGAAUGAAAAACUUCAGAAACAUUCAAGUCGAGGAAUCAAACCUGUUGUCAUGGCAAGGGCUCAUCGUUCCUGACAACCCUCCUUAUGACAAAGGCGCGUUCAGAAUCGAAAUCAUCUUCCCCACGGAGUACCCCUUCAAGCCUCCCAAGAUCACAUUCAAGACAAAGAUCUACCACCCCAACAUCGACGAGAAGGGCCAGGUGUGCUUGCCUGUGAUCAGUGCAGAGAACUGGAAGCCUGCCACCAAAACUGACCAAGUAAUUCAGUCUCUCAUCGCGCUGGUGAACGACCCCCAGCCGGAGCAUCCCCUCAGGGCAGACCUAGCAGAAGAAUACUCAAAGGACCGUAAAAAAUUCUUGAAGAACGCCGAAGAGUUUACAAAGAAAUACGGCGAAAAGCGGCCAAUGGACUGAUCAGCUGACUAGCGUGUAGCCCCCUCUGUGUCGCUCUCCCCACACACCCUCCCAUCCCACCCCCAUCCCUCCUAUCUCACCUGCCCCGACCAAUUACUUUCUCUCGCCUCACCCCCAACAAUCCUUAUUGCCUCCCCUCACAACCACCACACAAUCCUCCCUGCAGUCCCCGAUGCCGCCCAGCUGAAACCAGCGGUGGAGGCAGCCUCCGCCUCCCUCCCUCCCUCCCAUCCAGGACUCUCUGUGGAUCAGACAGCUUCCACCCUCCCCUCUUGACUUCAGCUCCUCUUUGGCCAUACACCUCCAGACCAUUUCUAACUUUAUACUCUUUUCUUAACGGGGAAAAAUGGGUAAAGAAACGCAAUGUUCGUCUGAACAGUUAGAUGGCAAGGCGAAAAAGAAAAUUAAUCUUUUCCACCGUUUAAACCACUCUGUGGAAUAGAUCUCACCUAAUUAUUUUCUUAAUUUUUUGGAAAACCGGUUAAUACCUUUUUUUGUCAAUCUUUAAAGCUUAAAAAAAGAGAAGCCAAGUGUUACUGAAAUAAGAAAAGCUGUAGGUUGCACCCAGAGGGUGUGUGGCGACUGAAACGUUUGCCUUACUCGCCUACGCUGCUUUUAGACAUGCAACCAGUUUGUAACACACUGACAAGAAAUGAACCAUGGCAGGCCGUACAUUUAUUAACUUUUAAGAUUCUUAAGCAAGAACUAAAAAUGACAUUCAGUUUCCAAACACUCCAUAAGUUUUUUUCUUUUUGAUAAUUUAGCCUACUCCACUGAUGCAAUUACAAUUGGUAAAUAUGGGAAGAACUUCCUUUGGUUAAUUAGAAUCUGCAACGCAUGUCUCCCACAUCAGGCAACACCCCUGCCCCCCCACAUAUAACCACGUUAGAUACAGAGCCCUUUACCAGACAUUCUAGCGGCAGAUGGACUGUCAGCUGCAAAGGGACCUAACUUGUGUGGAGGGGGAAAAAGCACCUUGAAGGCAGCUGGGAGAGGGCUGAACUGUCCAGGGACACGGAAAAAGGGACUGCAGUGGCCAAAAAAAUAACACCAUGUAACAGCUGUUUGAUCUGGUCCCAAUAUUGUUUCAUAAUAAAGAUGGCAAACCA